AAGACAAUUUAAUAAGGAAACGCACUGGCAUGCUCCCGGCCACUCCUAGAUGCCCCUCCCCCGCGACAGCCCCCCUCCCCUGCACCAGUUGCAGCCACGACACUCUGCUGACCCCUGGUGGUGCAGGCGGGCAGCGGUCCCGGGCCGCCAGAGAAGCCAGCUGGCUCCUCCCAGGCGGGAGAAACGGGCGAGGCAGCCCGCUCCUCCCUCAUCUCUUCCCGCCGGGGCCUGGCACCGCAGGGUGUGGAGGAGGAAGGAGAGAAGACCACACAAAGAAACCUGAGAGAGUUUGCAAGCUUUUGCUGGCACCUCCCACACAAAUACUUCUUGGAUUGUUGUUUUAAGUAGGGCCGGUGUGGAAUCCCUUAUUCCUGCCUUGUUUUGAGGUGGGCUCAAGAAGGCACCGUGCCUGGUGCCGCCACCUGUCUCGGCCCGCCUGGUUGGGGGAGGGAGGCGCUGUUUCCAGGGCAGUCAUUAUCCUUAGCUCAACCCAGGAGGUAGUAUCUAGAGUCUCAUUUUGAAGGGGAGUGGACCGAGAAAGUCGGAAAAAUUAAGCAGUUUGCUCUUUUAAGGUCAGGCAGUUGGAGGUAUUCGAACUCUGGUCUCUCUGACAUCACAGUCCCCUCCCUCCAGGGACUGGUCCAAGCCUCUUGGUCCUUCCAGGCCUUGCAAUUGGCGCCGAGAGGCCAAUUCAACUUUUACCACACCCUCUGCAGGGACUGUUCUGGAAGUACCUCUUCGCCCUGGGGUCAUUCAGGAAGAAGACAGUCUCUGGAAUCAGUCACUUCCCUUCCUGAGGGACCAGCUGGGUGGAGGAGCGAAGCUGCCACCUGCUGCUUUCUCUGUCCAACUUCACUCUGGUUCUUGCUGGGGACAGUGUGUCUGGGGGGAAGGACCGUCUUUCCCGCCUUACUGGACAUUCUGUUUCCAAUGACGUGUGGGAAGAUGGAGUUUAAUUUUCUAACAGGGCAGGGAAGACUCCUCAGAAAUGUUCCAGGGGCCAGACCUCUGGCUGCGCCAAUGACCCCUGGUACUGAUGCCCCACAUCUUUCUCAGGAGUUUCCCCCCAUCAGUCACUGUCUUCUGGGAAUCCGGAUUCUUCUUCAAGGCCCCUGGGACCCAAGCUCAAUUCUGAAGAUUACACCUCCACCGUCUCCCAAACGCUCGAACUAGGCCCGUGCCCCUCCUUCCCCAGCAAAAGGCAAAAUGCCAGCGGGGCAGGUGCACCCCAGCCCACCUGGCGUCAGGGCCCUGCCCGCGUCUGGGCCAGGCCUGACUCCCCGCCCAUUCUCCCACGGGAUCCGGGGACAGUGCGGACCCUCUCCGGCCACCUGCCACCCCCAGUUUCACGAGGCGAACUACAAGCCCCAUGAUGCCGCGGGGCUGAGCUGACAAGCUCUACCCGGGGCGCCCGGUCCCCUUCCUCUCUCCCCAUCAUCCCCGCAUCCCUCGCCGGCCGCUCGGGCUGAGGGCCGGGCUAUGCAGCUGCCGGGAGCAGGGGGCUGCGGGCGCGCGUCCCUGCGGCGGCGUCCCCGGGGCCCGCGCCCCGUGCGCCCCCGCGCCCGCUGCGGGCGCCUGCUCCCUCCGUCGAGCCGCGUCUUUGUGUGCGGGGGUGUGGGAGGCGAGCGCGAGUCCGCGCCGCGCUGCCGAGUGCCCGCUCCCUCCCAGGGCGGGUGGGGGCCUCUCCGCGCCACCCGCCGCCGCCGCCGCCUCGCGAGGACGCCCGUCGCCCGCGCCGCCCGCACCGCGCCGGGCGCGCCGCCCCCGCCCGCCGCCGCUCGCACAUGCCCGAGCCGCAGCCCCGCGAGCAAGCAGCGCCGGCCCCCAGCCCCGCGGCCCCGGGCCCCGGCUCCGGCGCCGUCCCUCCUCCCCGGCCGGGCGCCGCGGCCCCGGCAUGAGGAGCGGGCGAUGAUCCCCGCCAACGCCUCCGCCAGGAAGGGGCCCGAGGGCAAAUACCCGUUGCACUACCUCGUGUGGUACAACCGCCACCGCGAGCUGGAGAAGGAGGUCCGCGCCGGCCAGGUGGACAUCGAGCAGCUGGAUCCCCGCGGCCGGACUCCCCUGCACCUGGCCACCACGCUGGGGCACCUUGAGUGUGCCCGUGUGCUCCUGGCGCACGGCGCAGACGUGGGCAGGGAGAAUCGCAGCGGCUGGACAGUGCUCCAGGAGGCUGUGAGUACGCGGGAUCUGGAGCUGGUGCAGCUGGUGCUGCGGUACCGGGACUACCAGCGGGUGGUGAAGCGGCUGGCGGGCAUCCCCGUGCUCCUGGAGAAGCUGCGCAAGGCCCAGGACUUCUACGUGGAGAUGAAAUGGGAGUUCACUAGCUGGGUGCCCCUGGUGUCCAAGAUCUGCCCUAGUGACACCUACAAAGUGUGGAAGAGCGGCCAGAACCUGAGGGUAGACACCACGCUCCUGGGCUUUGACCACAUGACCUGGCAGCGAGGGAACCGCAGCUUUGUCUUCAGGGGCCAAGACACAAGCGCUGUGGUCAUGGAGAUUGACCACGACCGCCGGGUGGUGUACACAGAGACUCUGGCAUUGGCUGGGCAGGACCGGGAGCUGCUACUGGCUGCUGCUCAGCCCACUGAGGAACAGGUGCUGAGCCGGCUCACCGCGCCUGUCGUCACCACGCAGCUUGACACCAAGAAUAUCUCCUUUGAGAGGAACAAGACUGGCAUUCUGGGCUGGCGCAGUGAAAAGACGGAGAUGGUGAACGGGUAUGAAGCUAAGGUGUAUGGAGCAUCCAACGUGGAGCUCAUCACCCGGACACGGACAGAGCAUCUUUCAGAACAGCACAAGGGCAAGGUCAAAGGCUGUAAGACGCCUUUGCAGUCCUUCCUGGGAAUCGCUGAGCAGCACGGGGGCCCCCAAAAUGGGACCCUGAUUACUCAGACUCUGAGCCAAGCCAACCCCACUGCCAUCACUGCAGAAGAAUACUUCAACCCCAACUUUGAGCUGGGCAACCGUGAUAUGGGCCGCCCCAUGGAACUGACCACCAAGACACAGAAUGUCCCUCACCCCUUGGGAUCUGGUGGGGGCAGGUUCAAGGCCAAGCUGUGGCUGUGUGAGGAGCAUCCCCUGUCCCUGUGUGAGCAGGUGGCCCCCAUCAUUGACCUCAUGGCCGUCAGCAAUGCGCUUUUUGCCAAGCUCCGGGACUUCAUCACCCUGCGCCUGCCUCCUGGCUUCCCGGUCAAGAUUGAAAUCCCGAUCUUCCACAUCCUCAACGCACGCAUCACCUUCGGGAACCUCAACGGCUGUGACGAGCCGGUGCCAUCGGUGCGAGGCAGCCCCAGCAGCGAGACGCCUUCCCCAGGCAGCGACUCCUCCAGCGUCAGCAGCUCCAGCUCCACGAACUCCUGCCGCGGCUGCGAGAUCUCCCCUGCGUUGUUCGAGGCCCCGCGCGGCUACAGCGUGAUGGGCGGCCAGCGGGAGGCGGCGACCCGGGACGACGAUGACGACCUGCUGCAAUUCGCCAUCCAGCAGAGCCUGCUUGAGGCGGGCAGUGAGUAUGACCAGGUCACCAUCUGGGAGGCGCUAACCAACAGCAAGCCUGGCACCCACCCCAUGUCCUACGAGGGUCGCCGACAGGACAGGAGCGCCCCGCCCACGCCGCAGCGCCAGCCUGCGCCCCCGGCGUCAGUGCCCAGCCCUCGGCCCAGCUCAGGGCCAGGUUCCAGCGGCCACGUGUUCCGGAGCUACGACGAGCAGCUGCGGCUGGCGAUGGAGCUGUCGGCGCAGGAGCAGGAGGAGCGGCGGCGGCGCGCGCGCCAGGAGGAGGAGGAGCUGGAGCGCAUCCUUAGGCUCUCACUGACCGAGCAGUAGCGCCCCCUGCCGGGACCCUCGCCUGCGCCAUGCGCGCCACGCCCAGGGCCAGGAGCCAGACAAGCCUAGGCCUGCGCGCCUGUAGAGCGGCGGCUGGAGACUGGAGCCACUGCCUCGCCGGUGCAGCAGCGCAGCAGGCACGAUUUGGGGAGGGAUUCGGCAUGGCCGCGGGGUACCUUCCCAGGCCAGGGCCCUGGAGGCAGCUGGCAUGGCCUGGUUCCCCUGCUUUGCUGUAUGCUGAUUCCCCAACCCGCUCCCCUGGGCUCAGAUCUGUCCUGGGGCGGAGCCAGGCGGUCCUGAGGGCAAGAUGAAUCCUUAGAGGAGCGCUGUCCCCAUCCCUUGCUCCUUGUGGCCGGUCCGCAUUUCUGUUCACUAAUCCCACUCCAGGACACUGCCCCUGAAGCCUUUGCAUCUCUGCUCUUCACUCCUGGGGGGCAGCUGAGGCUCCUCGCGUGCUGUGUCGCUGCUUUGUCCCAGACACAAACCAGCACGUCUAGGGCCCAGCCCCUCCCCAACCCCGGCAUUUCAGCGUCAAGUGCACUUACCGGGGUACCCGGCUCCCCCAGCCCCCACACCCGUCCUGGGUCUCAGGGUGGUUCCAGCUUCUCCUUGGGUAGCCAGAAGUUGGAGUCCCAUCCCCCAAGGCACAUUUUUUUUUUUUUUUUUUUUUUUUUGGUGAUCAGGGAGUGUGUCCAAGGUAGCCCCCUGGCCUGGGCAAGCCCUGACUCCCUCAUGGUGCCUCAGAGUGGGGAGCAUAUUGGGCUGGGUAAGCACUAGACCCGAGUAGACUGGACACAAAGGGCUCGCCCAGGGCCCUGGCACCACCCCACCCCUUCCCACCAGCUGCUGCUAGCCUCUGUGGUUGUACAUCCCACUUGCCCCCACACGGAGACUGACUCUAAAACCCUUCAUCCAAUGGUGCUAACCCCCGGCUCUCCCCUGCCCCACCUCACCCACCCAGAGAAGCACAGACCCCGCUAGGGGCAGGGGCCCACCGCACACCCUUGUUCCGGGCCUGUCUGGGACUGGCCUUCCUGGCUCAGCCCCUGAGGCUCAGAGGGGACACAAAAAGGGAUGGAAGAAAAGAACAAAGAGAAACUGUUCCUCCCACCCCCUUCCCUGAUGCCAGGGGCACCAGACUGAUUCUGAGGCACAAAUAAAAGAGGCUUCAAACCGGA